AUGAGUGUUCACGUUAAGAUCAAUGAUGAAAACAUGACUUCAUGGGAAGAUAUCAUUGAUGACAUAGAGAAUGACCUUGAUGAAAACAUGAUGGGAGCUCAAACGUCAGUUAAGGUCAAACUUGGUGAAGUUCAAGAAAAGAUCUCCGAGAUCAAUGCAAAAAUAUCUGCUCUUACAGAGGUUGACGUUUAUUACAGAAGCUUGGAGAGAACUUUAAGCAAACUUGAACGUCAGAACCAAAGUCUCAUAGUUGUGCUCCAGAAACUCAGUCUCAUGCGUAAAGCAUAUAAUGACUACCUACAU